UAGUCGUCCAAUAGUCAGUGAUUGAGGUAGUGACGAGCGGUUCUCAGAACAUUUAAAUAUGCCACCCCAAAUACGACCACUCUCCGCGGAACUGCAAGCAAAGGCCAAGGAGUACCUCAACGAGGUUCCUGAGCGCAUUGAAGCCGACCUGGAGACAUUGAAGACAUGGAUUGACCAGCAACCGCAUCUUAAUUCUCGCAAAGAUGAUCAAUUCUUGAUCGCUUUUCUGCGCGGCUGCAAGUACAGUCUGGAGCGAACCAAAUCCAAAUUGGAUAAAUAUUACACGUUGCGCACCAAAUACCCGGAGCUAUUUAACAUUACGGAUAUUGACGACCCGAAGUUUCGAGAAAUUCAACGAUUGGGACCCAUUAUCUUCCUACCUAAUCUGUAUAAUGGAGCUCGCGUGGGCAUUUUUAGAAUGGGCGUUACACCAGCUGAUAAAUAUAAAAUAACUGAUGUUAUGCGAGUGGGUCUAGCUAUGCAGGAAUUGUCAAUUUUAGAGGAUGAUGAUGCUCUUAUAAGCGGAGUGGUUUUUAUUAUGGAUAUGAAGGGUGCGACUGCAUCGCACUUGUUUCAAAUGACGCCGGGUUUGGCGAAAAAGAUGACUGUAUUCAAUGAGGAGGCGUUCCCCAUACGACCCAAGGCUCAGCAUUUUGUCAACGUAAUCCCCGGAUUUGAGACCGUCUUCAAUAUGAUUAAGCCCAUGAUGUCAAAGAAACAACAGGGGCGACUCUUUAUUCACAGCAAUAUUGAUUCUCUGAUGGAACAGCUUCCUUUGAAAUAUCUGCCCAAGGAGUAUGGUGGUGAAAAUGGCUCCAUUGAGGAAAGUACUACGAUCUGGGGUAAAAAGAUCGAAGAUCACAGAGAUUACUACAAGGCUAACGCACAAUAUGGCACGGACGAGAAGCUACGCCCCGGAGUUCCUAUUGAUUUUGAGAGCAUCUUCGGUAUAGAAGGAUCAUUUAGGAAACUAAAUGUAGACUAGAAUUUGUCUAUUGUUAGUAUGUAAGAACGGGGAAUUAUUCAAAAUUAUGGUGGUCGGACAUUUUGAUUGGCAUAAAAUUAGGAACAAUGAAAGGCUACUGUGUAAUUUGAGACUUUCAAAAAAUUUUGUCAAAAUAUAUCGAUUAAAAAAGAUGCGAUGGUA